CCAUCACUCCCUCUCCCCUCACCCCCUCCAUCACUCCACACACUGACUGAGCACAGACCGGUAUUUCAACAAAAUGCCUCAAAAAGUUCUCAAGUGUGUUAUUCAGCUUGAAAUCCACGCGGUAACCUGUCCUGGUGUGAUGUUGCCGAGGAAAGAUGAAGUCUAUAUCAAUAUUUGUAUGCUUGGUCAGUACUGGAAAACAAAAUGUUUUAUGCCAGUAUUCCCACUUCUUAUUCACGAAAGUCUGCAAUUUGAAAAGGUGUUUGGAAGAGAUGUUGUUGAUCCUGCAGAUGUUGCUGCCUUCUUGGAAUGUGACACGACUAAGUUUGAACUGAUGCAGUACGGUCCUUCAGUGGAUGAAAUCUUAGCAAACUAUGAAGACAAUACUAGAAAUUUCUUGUUCCCCGAGCCAAAGUUAACGCCUUCAUAUCCUGGAGUGGAUAGAGAAGCGCUGAUGAAAAGAUGUUCACCAGCUUUUUUAAUUGCACCAAAAUUGGAGUUCUCCACAACAACAACAAUUACAGAGUGCUGCCCUAGAUCACCAAAGAAGGUUUCUUCGAGUUUAUGUCUGUCAGAAAGUGGAAGAAAGGAAAAUCAAUUCAGAAGACCAAGGUGUGCAAAAUCAUUUAACCUGAUAGGAAAAUCGUGUAGUGAAAAGAAAUGUGUAAAGGAACACAAGAAGCCAGCAACAGCGGUCAGAUCACGAUCACUUUCUCCAUACUGUAGGAAGUGUUUACUUGAGCUCUGUUCAGAUGAUGGACAACUUUCAUCUCCAUGCAAGUCAGAUUCCAUUAGUAGGACUUCAUUUACAAAUCAUUCUUGUGACAGAAAUCAGUGCGAGAAAAAACAUUCAUCUUCACUAUCCUGCUCGUCAUUUAAUAGAGGUGCAAAGCCCAGGCCACGGACUGCUUCUCCAUCAAUCUAUCAUAAUGAUAGUUGCAGAUCACGGUACAAUCUAGGGAAGAGUUUUGAUGUUCGAGAACCUGUUAGUUGGGAUGAGCUGUCUAGUGAAGCAGAGGAACUUAUUAGUUAUCCACUAAAGGCAACUACUCGAGAUGAUCCAUACUCAUCUUCUGUUUAUUCACGGAGAAAACCACCAUGUAAUCCAAACAGGUUGUAUUUUGAUCCAGUGAGCCACCCUGCCUGGGAUAGAAUUCAUGAGCGAGUCCAAAAUCUCCUAGCGAGUAUUGAUGCACAGGAAAGGGCCUCAGCGAGGAAUAUUAAUUUCACCUGCCCACCAUGCUCCUAGGACCACACAAGUGAAAAAGCAACUUUUUUUAACGAGUACCGUAUAUGCAAGAGAUCUUCCUGAAUUCUACUGGUGCAGCAAAACAUGGACAAAUAAAGCAAGAAUAAAUUUGUCACCAAUGUGUAAUGUAAUUCUCGUAUCUGCUGCUAUUUAAUUAUUCUGACAUAACUUGUGCUGUCAUGUAAGGAGCAUCACAGUUUAUU